AUCGGGACGCGCGCCGCGGACAGCGCCGCGGUUGCCGGAAGUUGGGUUGCGCAGGCGAUAAGGAAUGGCGGCAGCUAUGGGGGACCCCAGCCUCUCCAGACUGCAGUUCGCCCCCUUCAGCAGUGCCUUGGACGUUGGCUUCUGGCAUGAGCUGACCCAGAAGAAGCUGAAUGAGUACCGGCUAGACGAAGCUCCCAAGGACAUUAAGGGUUAUUACUACAACGGAGACUCUGCGGGGCUGCCAGCUCGCUUAACGUUGGAGUUCAGUGCUUUCGACAUGAGUGCGCCCACGCCAGCCCGCUGCUGCCCGGCCGUCGGCACACUGUAUAAUACCAACACUCUGGAGGCUUUCAAGGCUGCAGAUAAGAAGCUACUUCUGGAAGAAGCAGCAAACGAGAUCUGGGAAUCCAUCAAAUCGGGGGCCGCCCUGGACAACCCUGUGCUCCUCAACAAAUUCCUCCUCUUGACAUUCGCGGAUCUAAAGAAGUACCACUUCUACUACUGGUUCUGCUCCCCCGCUCUCUGCCUUCCAGAGAGUAUACCCCUCAUUCAGGGGCCAGUGGGCUUGGAUCAAUGGUUUUUGCCAAAACAGAUUCAAGCCCUGGCACACGCGUAUGAUGGCCUUUGUCAGGCAGAAGGAGUCCCUGCGCUGCCUUACUUCCUAAUCAAGUAUGAUGAGACCACGGUGCUGGUCUCCUCGCUCAGACACUACAGCGAUUUCUUCCCGGGGCAAAGGACAAAGAUAACGAUCGGCGUAUACGAUCCCUGUAACUUAGUGCAGUACCCCGGAUGGCCUUUGAGGAACUUUUUGGUCCUGGCAGCCCACAGAUGGGCCGACACCAGGAGUGGCAGUUUCCAGUCCGUGGAAGUGGUCUGCUUCCGGGACCGCACCCUGCAGGGGGUGAGAGACGUCGCCCACAGCAUCGUCUUCGAAGUGAAGCUUCCAGAGAUGGCAUUCAGCCCAGAUUGUCCCAAGGCGGUCGGGUGGGAGAAGAACCAAAAGGGGGGCAUGGGCCCGAGGAUGGUGAACCUCAGCGAGUGCAUGGACCCUAAAAGAUUAGCUGAGUCAUCGGUAGAUCUCAACCUCAAGCUGAUGUGUUGGAGAUUGGUCCCCACUCUGGACUUAGACAAGGUGGUGUCUGCCAAGUGUCUGCUGCUUGGAGCUGGCACCUUGGGUUGUAACGUAGCCCGAACGUUGAUGGGCUGGGGCGUCAGACGCAUCACAUUCGUGGACAAUGCCAAGAUCUCCUACUCUAACCCCGUGAGGCAGCCUCUGUAUGAAUUUGAAGAUUGCCUGGCGGGUGGGAAGCCCAAGGCCCUGGCAGCAGCAGACCGGCUACAGAAGAUCUUCCCCGGAGUGAACGCCAGAGGGUUCAACAUGAGCAUCCCCAUGCCGGGGCACCCCGUGAACUUCUCCAGCGUCACCCUGGAGCAGGCCCGCAGGGACGUGGACCAGCUGGAGCAGCUCAUCGACGACCACGACGUCGUCUUCCUGUUGAUGGACACCCGGGAGAGCCGGUGGCUGCCUGCCGUCAUCGCCGCGAGCAAGAGAAAGCUGGUCAUCAACGCUGCCUUGGGAUUUGACACCUUCGUUGUCAUGAGACACGGCCUGAAGAAGCCCAGGCAUCAGGGAGCCGGGGACUUGUGUCCCAGCUACCCCGUGGCAUCUGCCGACCUCCUGGGCUCAUCGCUGUUUGCCAACAUCCCUGGCUACAAACUUGGCUGUUACUUCUGCAAUGAUGUGGUGGCCCCAGGGGAUUCAACCAGAGACCGGACCUUGGACCAGCAGUGCACUGUGAGUCGUCCGGGACUAGCCAUGAUCGCAGGAGCCCUGGCGGUGGAGUUGAUGGUUUCCGUUUUGCAGCAUCCAGAAGGGGGCUACGCCAUUGCCAGCAGCAGUGACGACCGCAUGAAUGAGCCGCCAACGUCCCUCGGCCUCGUGCCUCACCAGAUACGAGGAUUUCUGUCACGGUUUGAUAACGUCCUUCCCGUCAGCCUGGCCUUUGACAAAUGCACAGCUUGUUCUUCCAAAGUUCUCGAUCAGUAUGAACGAGAAGGAUUUAAUUUCCUGGCGAAGGUGUUUAAUUCUUCACAUUCCUUCUUAGAGGACUUGACCGGUCUUACGUUGCUGCAUCAAGAGACCCAGGCUGCUGAGGAUAAGAACAUGAUUUGAAUUUCUUCAAGAUUAUUUCAAGGAUUCCUGGACACUAAGAAAGGCUACUAAUAAAUGGACAACUGAUAGGCAAAUUACCAAUCACCAAUCUCCAUUCUCUAUGCAAGUCCCCAAGGGAUUUGCAGAAAACCGAUGUGGAUGGCUUACUUCACUUCCCAACUUAUUAAACUGUACUUCUUGACAAAUAUUCUCAUUUUCAAACUCUUUAGAGAAUUCAGGACUGACUUCCCCUAUAGUGUCUGCUUAGUUUUAGUCUAACAUCAGCAGCAUCGGGCUGUUAAAAAUCAAAUAUUUAAUCCCAAACCUGGCACCCAGGAGAACCAUCACUGUCCAUCACUGAAAUGGCAUCACGCCCCCGCCCCAACUCUUGAGUUAAUGAUGCUAAAGGUGUCUUCAGAGAACCCAGGACAGCCAGCGCCCAAUACCCCGAGUGACACACCCCUUUCCUUUUCACGAGGCCCUCCCACACCGAAUGGGAAUGGUGACUCCCAAUCACCCUUUAAAUUAAAAACAAAAUCCAUACCCCCCCCUCAGGUCCUCACAUGAUGACCAGUCCCUACCACGAGGCUCCAAACGUCCUAGCCUGAGAGUUGACCAUCUGUCCUCCGAGUUCUUUACACUCUUCAACCCAGCUGAGCACGGAAUACAACGGCUGAACACAUAAUAAAUUCAUUACUGUUUAUCCACUCGAACCAAAGUUAAUCAUUAGUCUUUGGAAGGUUUUCUUUUAAUCUUUUUUUUUUAACUGUGGCAAAAAACACAUAAGAUUCACUAUUUUAGUCAUUUAAAAAGAUACAGUUCGGUGGCAUUAAAUAUAUGUGCACUUUUUGGCACCUCAUCUUAAUUGUGGCACUUGGGGGUCUGCAAUCUUCACUGCAGCACACAGUCUUCUUUUAGUUGGGGCAUGCGAGUCC